UUGGCUUCUUUGUAGUUAAACCAUGGGUCAAGCACAAAGUGGAGCAGAUGAUAAGGAAGUGACUCUUCAACACAUCCAGGAACUUUACCGUAAAUUUGCAAGUGAAUGUCCAAGUGGAAAUCUGCACUUGCAUGAAUUCAAGAGAAUCUUUGGGAUCGACAGCAACUCCACAGAAGAAGAAUCUGCAUAUAUGGAAAAUUUGUUUCGAUCUUUUGAUACAAAUAAGGAUGGUAAAAUAGACUUCCUGGAGUAUGUGGCAGCGCUGCAUCUUGUUCUUCGUGGAAAACUGGUGGACAAAUUGAAAUGGUCUUUUAAAGUUUAUGACAGAGAUGGAAAUGGCUGCCUGGACAGACAGGAAGUGAGACACAUUGUCAGAAUCAUCAACAAGAUAAAGAGGCACAAGGAUCCGAGCAUCACAGGGAAUAUUGAAGAUAUUUGUGACAGAAUAUUUGAUCUGGUGGACAAGAAUAAAGACAGUCAGAUUUCUUUGGAAGAAUUUAUUGAAGGGGCUGAAAAGGACCCAUGGGUGAUGGAUCAGCUCAGACUGGACAUUGGGCCUUGUGAUUGGUUCAUUGACCAGCAGGAGAAGAAACCCUGACUUUAUAAUGUACAGUGUGUGUUUUUAUGAUAAAUGAUUGGACACUAAGGGACAUUAAUAAUCUGCCUGCAGUGUUGUCCAUACCUGUUUGGGGAUUUUUGGGGGAAUCAUCAUGUUUGUUUUUAGGUUUGUUUGUUUUGUUCUGGGGGUCCAAGAUUCAUGAUAAGAUCAGUGAUUGUUUUUUGGAUGUGGGACAACAGCUUGGGGAUGCAGCCAGGAUCUUUCAUUAAAUCAAUUUCUCUGUGGUCUCUGUUUUUGAAGAGAAGCCUCUCAUCAGUUAUGAUGGACUUCAGGUAACUUAAAAGGCAAUAGGCCAGUGUUUCCUUUGUCUAUUCUGGGCUUCUGUAGAAACACGGUGGUGCAAAAUGGUGGAUGAAAGAGGACCCGCUCCCUAGGAGGAUAUAAAGGGCUCAAGCUUGGCACAAUAAUGCUAAGGUGAUCAUACACUUCAGGUGAUUAUACACUAAUGAAAACAGAAGUAUGAAUAUUAUAUUCCAUUUCUCCGAUUUAUCCCCCCAAAUCCUACACACUGCUCCUUUAAAGCUUAAUAGAUCACAUACACUAGCAGGCUAAUCCUCUUACGAUGAAGAUGAAGAGGAUGAAGAUGUUUUUUCAAAAAGGAAACACCCAAUGGUCAUUGUGCCAUUUUUAUACAGUUUCAUGGCCAUUGCAACAUAAAAAAAUGUCAACAUUUUACAAAAGCAACAGUGUGAUGGUUUGUCCUAUCUCCAGUGACUCUGGACCAAAUGGUCACAAUCUUUUGAUCAGUAUCAUUUGGCCAAAUCUUCAACAUUUGAAAAGUAUUGAAAAUAUUUUUGGGGUUUUGUUUCAUAUACUUUAAGUCAACAUUUUUUUCAAUGUGUAUGUCUCCAAACAUGAGUUCAAAAUGUUCUGUUUUUGAAUACUAAAGACCAAUUGUUAUUCAAACUCUCCUUAGGGUGGGCCAUAAGGUGAGCCCAGUGACAGUGAUAGUUUAGCAUGUUGAUAUGAAGUCAAUACAGACAAUUCAGUCCAUGCAUUUACAGUAAUUUUGCUAUUGUCUUGCUGUAAUUCUGUGCGUGCCUGGUUUAAAACGUAUACUAUGGUAUGUCUUUUAUCCAAUCUAUUGUUUUGACAGGUCAUCUGAAUGUGAAAGAUAAGGACAAUAAAUGCAGUAAUAGGGACCAUAAAUGAAGGAGAGGGUGAUUAACAGGAGUGUGUGAGUUAGAUCAGUGUGAAUAUGGAAAGUAAGGGAAAUUAAUUUGUUGUUGACAAUAACCUUUUAUGUCUUCCAUCAGUUGGUAGAUUCAGGUUUUCUUUCUAUUUUUUCCUUUUUGUCAGCUGUGGUUAUAUUGUAAAUUUGGUCCUCAA